CCCGCGGUGAGGGACGUGCCCGCGGAGGAGCCAAGCGGAUCCGAGCCUAGUGCGGCGGCGAGCGUAGCCGCGGGAGCCGGCCUCUGCGUGUGGCAGCCUGCUGUCACCUUCCCCUCUGGCAAUGGGGAAUGGACUCUCGGACCAGACGCCGAUCCUCUCCAGCCUGCCUUCGUUCCAGAGUUUCCACAUUGUCAUCUUGGGACUGGACUCCGCUGGAAAGACGACCGUGCUGUACAGACUGCAGUUCAAUGAGUUCGUCAACACUGUCCCCACAAAAGGAUUUAACACGGAGAAAAUCAAAGUGACGCUGGGCAACUCGAAAACGGUCACUUUCCACUUCUGGGAUGUAGGCGGCCAGGAGAAACUGAGGCCGCUGUGGAAGUCGUACACGAGGUGCACCGAUGGCAUUGUGUUUGUGGUGGACUCUGUCGACGUUGAGAGAAUGGAGGAAGCCAAAACAGAACUUCAUAAGAUUACUAGGAUAUCUGAAAAUCAAGGAGUGCCUGUCCUUAUCAUUGCUAACAAGCAGGACUUGAGGAACUCUCUCUCCCUUUCUGAAAUUGAGAAGAUGUUAGCGAUGAGUGAGCUGAGUUCUUCCACUCCCUGGCAUUUGCAGCCUACCUGUGCAAUCAUUGGAGAUGGACUCAAAGAGGGACUGGAGAAACUACAUGAUAUGAUAAUUAAGCGAAGGAAAAUGUUGAGGCAGCAGAAAAAGAAGAGAUGAGUUUUGUUUUGACCUUUCUAUUUUAGAGUAGUAACGUGGUCAAAAUUUGACAUAAGACAGCUUCCAAACACAGGCCUGCUUGUUUGGAUGCCGUUAAGCUUAGUUUUGUUAAACAAUCAGUUGCACAACCUUGCUGUGUGAAAGGCUGUGCACUUACGGAACUUUUUUU